UCCAGGGGUGAGCAGGACCAAACGGGAGUUGAUGGUUUUUAGCAUGCGAGCUGGAGGAAUAUGAUGUAAGAAACACUUGGAAGGAGAUAGACAUGUCCAACGACAGCUGCGGCCUCCCUUUGGACACAGAUGUAUUUGGCCUGACUUGCAUAUACGGUUUGGUGUUCUCAUUGGGUCUGCCCAGCAACCUGCUGUCGCUAUGGGGACUGUACCACCUGGGCCGCGGGAACGGUAGCUGCCAGCAGGUCUACAUCCUCAACCUGUUGCUGUCCGACCUCCUGCAGCUGCUCACCCUUCCCUUGUGGAUCCUGUACCUCCAGGGCAACCACCGUUGGCCCUACGGGCGGCUCACGUGCGAGCUAGUAGGCUACGUGUUCUACGUCAAUGUCUACGUCAGCGUCAUGUUCCUGUGCCUGAUAGCGCUGGACCGCUGUCUGGCCAUCGUGUUCCCGCUGAGCAGCCGAAGAUUGAGAACGGUCAGGGUGGCGGCGGUGUCAGGCGUGGCGGUCUGGACACUUACAUUUCUCUUCUGCUUGUUUGGACUCUUGCCGUCGGUUUUCAACACGGAACGACUACUGUGUCUGGAGCAGUACCCAGUGAGUCUCAGGUACGCCCACUUCAAGAUCACCACUGUGGCUCUGGGCUUCCUGUUGCCGUGCGUCAUACUGGGCUACACAUCAGCCCACAUUGGAGUGACCCUACGCCGCUCUCCCACCUUGUCGGCCCAUGAACGCCACAAAAUCGUAGGCAUCCUGGUGGUCAUCACAAUCAACUUCAUCGUCGUCUUCGGACCGUACCACCUGGUGGGAGGCUACAGAUUUGCAUCCCUGCUGUGGACCAAUGAGCCGUGCGCACUGGAGCGUGCUAUCUUCCUGUUCUACCGCCUGUGCUACGGGCUGACCAGCCUCAACACGCUGCUCGAUCCUCUCUUCUACAUCUUUCUGUGCGCCGACGCCCGGCUGGAGCUGCGGAGGUCACUUCCCUGCUCAGGGCGGGGUCAAAACGUUUGCAAAAAUAGCACUACGGCUCAUCAGGAUGCCAAGGGACAUCAGGAAAGUCUUUUUGUAACGUAGAUCAAACAAUAUG